GCGAAGCUGUUGCGACACGAACUAUUUGAUUUACAUUGAAUCAACAGCUUCAGAGCAAAUCACAAUCAAGUGCAAUUGAUGUAGAUAUCGAAGCUUCGUGUCUACUCGUCGUUUCUCUCUCAAAGACCUUACGUGGCCUCCUUCGAUAUCCUCCACGAAUCGCAAUUCAAAGAAGAACUAUACAAGAUGAUUUCGGACGAUGAACUUUACCGUCUCGCGAUCUUCCUUGGCUCAGCCGCAAUGCUAUUAAUUGUCCUUUACCACAUCCUCGAAAUCAAUUCUGCAGAAGAGCCCAAAUCAGAGAGCAAAAUUAGCUCCACUUCUACAUCUCAAGACAGCAAAGCAAACGUGGCAGGAAGAUGAUUGGGAGAGAUAGUUUUGAAUUGGGAGGAUGACUGCUUUUACUACAAAGCAGGAUGUAUGUGGCCACAGGGAAGCUGGGACAGAAAGGUGACUGUGUAUGACAUAUUUCCACAACGCUCUGGGCAUUUGUACUUUCUGGAGUUUUAGGGGCGGAUGGCUGGACAGAUGUUGCUAGCAAGUCAGUGAAAAACCAUUCGGAAAAUUCUUGGGCGUUUCUUUUCAUACUUUGAUUCUCCAACUCAUAGAGCCAAUGUAUCGAAUUCAUCAUAAGGUUGUGCUGAGGUGCAAUCUCGCGCUCUGUAUUCAUUAUAUGGAUUUCAGAUAUGAAUCAAGGAUUGUUUUGCUAAUUGAAGAUUUGGUCGACCGAGUAGGGAAUCGAAUGCUUGUUUGAGUAAAUUGUGAUAUGGAAAAAGGACAGGAUAUCUGAGAAUGUAGUAUCGAAACCUGUUUGGACCAGUCCCAAUUUCGCUAUAUCAUAUUUAUCUUGAUGUAUAAAGAUACGAAGAAGUUCCUACAUACAUGCCCACAUGUAACGUCACAAUGUAUCUGUCUCAUGUUCACUAGGUCCUUGUAGCAAUGACAUGAAGCGCUGCAUCGUAUCGUAUCGUCA